AUGGGAAAUAUAGGAGGUAAAAGGCCUAAAUCGUCAGGUUCAUAUCAAUUAGCAGAUGUUUUCCACCAUGACCGUGGUACUUACAGAUCUGAAGAAGUACCACCGCCCGUACCCACAACUAUGUCAAAACAACAACUUUUGUGGAAUGUAGAUUUCACAAACAUUGAUCGUAAAGCUCUGAAUGUAUCCCCAGAUCUUUUGAUGGAAACGUUUUGGGACAUUGUGGAACACAUCAUAGUUAAGAAAUCAUUUGAAUAUAUAGACGAGGUACUGAGAGUUCGUGCUAUAUUUAGAUGGAUGACGUCAUUUGAUACAGAAAGGAUAGAAAUUGAUAUGCUGCCACCAGAGGAGUCACCAAUUGAUUAUCUCAUGAACAUACAGCAAGAUUUUGGAGACCACUGCCAUCUGUUUUAUGCUCUUUGCCAAAUAGCGAAUAUUCCUUGUGUAAUCAUUAAUGGUAUGACAAAGAACAUGUUAUAUGUAAUUGGCGAUGAACCCGAUAGAGAACUACUUGAAUCGAGAUGGAAUGCUGUCUACAUCAAGGGCCAAUGGCGUCUGAUUGAUCCUUAUUGGGCAUACUCGUGUAUUGAGGAAGGUGAAUAUGACGACAAAAUUUCAAUUGAUGAUAAAAGCAAGAUCAAAAGGGCAGGUGUUGGGAAACCACCUAGACCUGUAAAUGAAUUCUAUUUUUUACCUGAUCCGAAUGAAUUCAUUCUCACUCAUUUCCCAGAUGACCCGGAAUGGCAACUACAGGAAAAUAGGUGGACAUUAAAACAGUGGCAGAAUUCUCCAUAUAUUCGGGAACACUUCCAUAUGAUGGGAAUGAACACUAACACAAAAUUAAAAUCAGAUAUGUGCAUGAUAACGGCAAAAAAUGAUCCAAUCAGUAUGGCUUUUAAUCUUCCAGAAGGUAAAAGUCAUCAAUACAGGUUUUCGCAUAAUUUAGUUUUGAUAAAGUCUGAACACAGUUCUGAGGGGAAAAGUUUACGACAUUUUGUAAUGUUUGAACAUUCUAGAAACAAAUUAAGCUAUACAGUCAGAGUUCCUUUUCCAGGUACAUACCGCUUGGAUAUAUACGGGAAAGAUCUAGCCAUAGAUAAGCUGUAUCACCUCCUAUGUUCAUACGGAAUUAAAUGUAUACGAACAGAUGACAUUAAAGUAGAUGAGUAUCCUGAUUGUCCUCGGUUAGGUUGGGGUCCAAAUGCAUAUAUGCUACAGGUGGGAGUUACACCAACCCCCUUGGAAUCCACCAUAGAGACCGUAAUAGGUGAGGUCAAUAUCAUAGUCCCAACGAAAAAUCUUCAUUCUAUAAAUCAUCAACUGAAGUGCAGAACAAUGAGUGAUGCUAAGCUCAGUCGAUUUACAACGGGAAGGUUUGAAAAAAGAAAAUAUGUUAUACACGUCAAAGUUCCAUUUGAUGGAGAAUUUGCUCUGAAAAUAUUUGGAAAAUAA